UUUCGGUGGAAAAAUCAUAUAUAUCCAUAUGAUGCAAGAAAAUAUUUUCUUACAUCAUGCAUAUAUUAUUUAUCACGAGAUUAUUAUGGGGUACAAUCCGGUUAUCGGAGCUGUUGUUGACGGUUUGCACGCAGCGAUGGACGCAGGGUCGUUUACACUGCGCGCGACAGGAAACAGCAGAUGCGCGAGAUCUAGUCGCAGUGGCAGCGUCAAGUGCGGGUUCGCGUGAAUCGCGACAACAAUAACAACGAACCUAGAACGAUACGCGAAAACAAAAUGUCUACGACGUGCCGCUGCUGCGUGUUUACGAGCGGCGGCGGUUGUUGUCAAUGCGCGACGACGUGACGUACCUCUCGAUUCUAUUACCGCGUUGGCCCGCAAACGAUAUACACAAAUGAUAAGCCGUGAGACGAGAACAGGCCAGCCGCGGUCGCGCGAUGGUCGUGUCCUUUAACCGAUAUUUACCGGUAAUCCUGCCGGAGAUCGAGGACAGCGAGUUGGGUCGUGUCGCCAGGGUCGAGCCGCUCGACGGCAAGCAACGUGCUUCCUACGUCACGGAUGAGACCGUCGCGAGGGACAGUUCGACCACCAUCUGUAGCGGUUGUCCGACAACUACGACUACGACAACGACAGCGGCAGCUUCCGUGACGACGCCGGCGGUCACAGUGCCGCUAUGCGUCCUGGGCGAGGUGCAGCUGCGCUUCCUCUGUCCCGAUGAUCUGGAGGAGGUGCGCUCGCUCUGUCAAGAUUGGUUUCCCAUAGAUUAUCCUUAUUCAUGGUAUGAAGACAUUACAAGCUCAUCAAGGUUCUACGCGCUUGCAGCGGUAUAUGGUGGAGUAAUAAUAGGGCUAAUUGUUGCAGAGAUAAAGCCUUAUGCGAGAUUAAACAAAGAAGAUCGCGGUAUCUUGUGUUCCAGUCUAGGAAAAAAUUGUCUAGUAGGUUAUAUACUUAGCUUAGGGGUACGACGCGCAUAUAGGAGAAAUGGAAUAGCUUCGUUGCUGUUGGAACAGCUGUUGGCCCAUGUCACCGCUCCUGAACGUUCCUCUGUAAAGGCAGUCUUCCUACAUGUGCUCUCCAGCAAUGCUCCUGCUAUAUUGUUUUAUCAGAGGUGUCACUUUCGGUUGCACAGUUUUCUUCCAUAUUACUAUUCGAUACGGGGAAAGUGUAAGGAUGGUUUUACGUAUGUUCUUUAUGUUAACGGCGGACAUGCACCAUGGGGCAUCUGGGAUUGGGUGCGCCACUUGGCCGGCGCGAUGACCAACUUUGUACCAUGCAGGGUACCGCGUUGGAUCUGGCAGCGUCUCCUAUGGGCGACUACCAUUCUUUCUUAUCACAGAUGAUACAUUUUGUGAUUUAUCAUGUUCCAUACACAUGUGUUGUGUAUAUGCUUAUUUUUCUUUUUUGGAUUUUAAAACUAUACGCGCAUUAAAGUGCCAUAUAUCGAUUCACUUUCAUAAAGGAUUUAAUUAGCCACAGAAUUCUAUCUAUUUGAUUUUAUUGUUGAAUAGAUUCGUGCAGAUGUAAAGUUAGGGAUAAAUAUUAAUCCAUGAUCAACUUAUAAUACCAACGAAUAUCUAAAUUCAUCUAAAGUUUGGGAAGAGCAAAGACUAUAAAGUAUCUUAGCACAACUUUUGUUACCAAGGAUUACUAGUUGUUGAAAACAUAUAUUGUUGCUACAAUAGUAUUGUAAUAGUUCAAAUUAUGUAACUGCCAAAAAUAAUUAAGUUGAAAUAAUUUGCAUGUUAAUGUAUCUUCCAUUGUACCUUUAAAGGUAUGGAGUAGAAUUAUUUUUAUUUUAAACUUAAAGAACAAGAGCUUCGAGAUAAUUAUAUUUAAUGUGAUACAAGACUAAAAAAAGACAGUUUAUUGCUGGCGUUUAUAAAAAUUUAUACAUUACAUCGAAAAACAAACGUAUAAACAGAUUGGAAAAAGUCAUUAUGUCUUUGAAUUAUGAAAAUAUGUUAAACCAAUUAUUUUCUUUCAAAUAUGCCUGACAAGAAGAAAUUAUCUGUCUCUUAAAUAAUUUAAAGACGAAUUUUAUUCUUUUAUAAUAAUGAAUCUUUAGACAAACUUUUUGUAGCAUAUGUAACAAAUUAACUCUAUAUAUAAUAUCAUUGCUAUAUUAGAUACGUUUUACAAAGGCAUAAUAUUAAUCAUGAGUAAUACUUGAGUGAUAAAAA